UUCUAUUGUAACAAAAAGUUAUUUGGGUCGUUCUUUUAAAGUACGCCUAAUUUGUCGGGACGAUUUUUAAAGUGACGAAGCAUUAAUAAUUAUAGCAAUGCUGAUUUACUUUCAUUUAUUUGAUAAUUUAUAACCAUGGAUACUGAUCGAAUUGUGUAUAUAUUGUAUUUUAUCAUUCCAAAUAUAUUGUGUGACUGCAACUGGCCAGCUAACCUACAGGACAGUAUUUGGCACGACAGCGACAAAGGACAACUAGAUUUUGAAACGAAGACAAUGUCAGGGCUUGAAUACCUCUUUCAAAAUACAUUCACUGUUGAGAACUGGGACUGUUUUUUCUAUUACCAGAAUUCCGGCAUUUUGAUAAUGAAAUCGCAGGAGACAGUGACUGUUUUCAGUACUCCUUACAGACCAUUUCAAUGUUUGAAACUUACAGCAAUCACGGAUUACUCAUAUUAUUACUAUAUCCAAGCAGAUACAGAGAUACGGUUUGCCAAUGAGAGAAUAGUUUUACAAGAAGAUGCAAAUGUAACAGCUAUAAAUGAAGCAAAUGCCGAGUCUACGUUAUGUGAAGACCUUGCCUCGGAUACCGAGUAUCAUGUCCUUUUGAAAGAUAAUCAAGAAGACAACGCAGCUCAAGCAUGUCCCGGAAGUUUUCAAGAUGAAUUUUGGUACGAGGUAUAUGAAGGAAACAUAACUUCCUGUGGCAGCCAGAACGAACGCUGGGAUGUUUGUACAGACACUACUACUAUGGACUUUGAUUAUUCAGUGUGCUCUAAACAAAUAGCGUAUUCCAGUACUGGUAUUGUAAAGUGUAUGGCUACCUUAACUACUGGAAAUUCUACUCUAACUACCGUGAUGAGUACAGACUCUUCACCCACCAUCAUGUUCACCUGUUUCAUGUCUCAAGUGUCAUCAUCAGGGACACUUCUGGUGUCACAGUCGCCCAAGAGCUGUACAUCCAGUCAGACACCUGAAACACAGCCUGAGCACCCGGAUGGCACCAAAGGCUUGUUGCUGCAACUGACCCCACAUGCAACUUGUAUGCUUACAUUCUUUAAUAAUAAAGAUAAUAUAUGAUUUCUGAUUUGAUGGUUUGAUUUUUACAAGCGUCAUUUGACUUUGUGUCACCUCAAACUUUUAUCCCAUAUACCUAUUUUUGUGUAUUUCUUUUGGGGAAGAGGUAAUGAUUGUGCAUUGAUUUGGCCCGACUUAUUCAGAAUUAUUUCUUAUUUCACAAUAGUAUUUUACAUACAAUUAAACAUGUACAGACAGAUCUGUGUAAUAUUUUAACCUACUUAACUCAAAGCAGUAAUCACAAUUGUUUUUAUAAAUUUCAGCUGCAUGCGGUGAGUAAUUACUUUGAUAUCUUAUCUACUUCUUCAGAUUCUUCUUUCAGUUCUGUUUGUUGUAAAAAUCCUUUUCGGAAGUCAUUUUCACCAGCCAUUUCAUUUAGAAUAUUUGACCUCUUUUUUGCAGGAACUACGGUGUAUUCUCCUUUUGAGCAGGAACAACUGUCAACUAAUGUUGUUCUAAUACUGUUAUAUUUUUCCUUCUUACGACCAGUUGCACACCAACAGGAAACUUUAUUUGUAUGAGCAUGGGUGAUAUCAGGUGUCCUGUGACUUAAUGCUUUGAUUUUCGUUGUCUUUUAAAAAUAGUGUUUACAUAAUUAAAACAAAAUGUAAAAAUGUUUAUUUAAUACUUUUUUGCUUGCCUACGCGUUUAUGUCAUAUCGAAGACUAAAUGCUGUUUUAAAUUGUUCAUUAGCACUGUGAUGAAAAAUAAUUAUGAAGACAUUUAUUUGCAAUAUUUGCUUUUUAAUCCCCCGCCGUGGCGGAGGGAUUAUAGGAAUGGUCUGCGUCCGUCCGUCCUUCCGUCCGUAACAAAAUCGUGUCCGGUUCAUAUCUCCUAAACCCCUUGAAGGAUUUUCAUGAAACUUGGGUCAAAUGAUCACUCAUCAAGACGAUGUGCAGAACCCAUGAGUCAGCCUUGUUGGUUCAAGGUCAAGGUCACAACUCAAGGUCAAAGGUUUGAGCCUGCCAUUUUGUGUCCGCUCUAUAUCUCAUAAACCCCAUGAAGGAAUUUUAUAAAACUUUGGUCAAAUGAUCACCUCAUCAAGUCGAUGUGCAAAACCCAUGAGUCAGCCAUGCCGGCUCAGGGUCAAGGUCACAACUUAGGGUCAAAGGUUUUGAGCCUUCCAUUUUGUGUCCGCUCUAUAUCUUCUAAACUCCUUGAAGGAUUUUCAUGAAACUUGGGUUAAAUAAUCACCUCAUCAAGACGAUGUGCAGAACUUAUGGGCCAGCCUUGUCGGCUCAAGGUCAAGGUCACAACUCAAGGUCAAAGGUUUGAGCCUUCCAUUUUUUGUCCGCUCUAUAUCUCCUAAACCCCUUGAAGGAAUUUUAUCAAACUUGGAUCAAAUGAUCACCUCAUCUAGACGAUAUGCAGAACCCAUGAGUCAGUCAUGCCGGCUCAAGGUCAAGGUCACAACUAAGGGUCAAAGGUUUGAGCCUUCCAUUUCGUGUCCGCUCUAUAUCUCCUAAACCCCUUGAAGGAAUUUUAUAAAACUUGGUUAAAAUGAUUACCUCAUCAAAACGAUGUGCAGAAAUUAUGAGUCAAUCAUGCCAGCUCAAGGUCAAGGUCACAACUAAGGGUCGAAGGUUUGAGCCUUCAAUUUUGUGUCCACUCUGUAUCUCCUAAACUCCUUGAAGGAUUUUCAUCAAACUUGGGUCAAAUGAUCACAUCAUCAAGAACUCAUGAGUCAGCCAUGUCAACUCAAGAUCAAGAUCACAACUGAAGGUCAAAGGUUUCAGCUCUGUAUCUCCUAAACCCCUUGAAGGAUUUUCAUGAAACUUGGGUCAAAUGAUCACCUCAUCAAGACGUUGUGCAGAAUUCAUGAGUCAGCCAAGUCAGUUCAAGGUCAAGGUCACAGCUAAAAUCAAAGGUUUACCCUUUCACUAUCCAUAGCAGUGGCGGGGGAUUUAGCUGUCUUUCAGACUGCCUUGUU